AUGACAGUGACCCGUGUGAGAACAUUGUUUUGUGGUUUCGUCUUUUUCUAUUGCUUAAAUCUUAUUGAGUGUCAGGAAACAGGAAAUUUAAAAAAUAUUCUAAACGAAAUAUUCGAAACACAGAAAUACGACAAACGAAUACGCCCUGUGAGAAACGAGUCCCGAUCAAUUGAUGUCAGCGUUUCUUUGUUUGUUUUAGGGAUAAAUUACCUGAAUGAGAAAACCGGGGUUUUUUCCGUAACAGGUUUUCUUUUGGUACGUUGGAGAGAUGAGUUUCUUGUUUGGGAGCCUAAGCUAUACAACAACGUGUCUUCGUUUACCAUACCCCAAGAUAGCAUUUGGAUACCUGACUUAUUUCUCAGGAAUGGGGUAAAAGAAGCAACUGGUUUAGGUGGAGAUUUCUAUUAUUUACCCGUCAGUUAUACGGGCGACGUUAUGUGGUGGCCGUUCUCGGUCUUUAAUGCUCACUGCCAAGUUGAUGUCGCAUUUUUCCCGUUUGAUACUCAAACCUGCCGACUGAUGUUUUCUAUUUGGAACCAUAAGUAUAAGCAAGUGAACAUUGCAAAAACUGAAAAAUACGUGGGUACAUACCAUUUCUUUGAAAACGGAAUAUGGUCUAUUGCAGAAAACAAAAGUUAUUUAGAGCUUGACGAAGUUGGGGAAUACAGCCAGCUCAAUAUUUCAUUUACCUUGAAAAGGAAGAGUUGGUUUUAUCUUUGGAAUUUAAUUAAGGUCUUCCUUAUUCCUAUAAUUCUGUUGGGAUUUUUAAAGAUCUUUGCGUUCCUUGUUCCUGCUGAAAGUGGAGAGAAGGUUUCAUUUGCGGUGACCCUUUUCCUAUCGUACGGGGUAUUUCUGAACUUGCUCACCUCAUCUUUGCCUGAAAAUUCGGACUCGGUUUGUCUGGUUUGCUUAUAUAUGGUGAUUCAGCUAACUCUCGGAGUCUUGCUUAUCGUCAUUGUAAACAUGCAGGUACUAAUCUGUAAUCGAGAAAAACACCUCCUAUUUUCGCGAUAUGAAAUGCGUCUGAUACUGCUUUUCAAGAAGAAAUCUCUACAAGGAUGCAACAGAGGACUCAACGUAAGGGAUACUGAUUGGACGCUAUUGUCGUCUGCUAUUGACAAAAUGAUGUUGAUUGUAAUGACAACAUUUGAGUUCUUUUUGAUAAUUGUAUUCUUUGUUAUGUUCUAUGUAAAUGUUUAGAAUGCAGCAAAUCCUCGAAGAGUUUGGUCUUGUAAAUCCAAGAAAGAUAAAAUUGUAUAUGUAAGUAUAAUUAUUUACUAUUUAACGUAUUUUUAAAAAAAUGUAAAAGAACAGAUAACCCUUCUGAAAUCGAACUUCGUUUAAUUUGAUGUCGAAGGAAAUUCUUUAGAGAUUCUCCAAAAGAGAAA